AUGGUGACAGUGGAUGAAACAACUUCAGGAAUUGUUACCACUGUAAUAGAAGAUGAUGAAAAACCUGUGGACUUGACUGCAGGGAGAAGGGCUGUUUGUUGUGAUGUUAUUUACAAGCUACCAUUUGGCAGGAGCUGUACAGCUCAAGCACCCGCCACAACACUACCUGAAGAUCGUUUUGGUUAUAGAGAUGAUCACUAUCAGUAUGACCGCUCAGGGCCCUAUGGUUAUAAAGGAAUAGGAGGUAUGAAACCUUCUAUGUCAGAUACCAAUUUAUCAGAGGCCGGACUUUUUAUGUACAAAAGCAAGAAUACCUUUGAUUACCAAGUUGGGGCAACAGAUGUAGCAGUAGACUUAACUUCUGGCAGAGUAACAACAGGUCAGUAUGACAAGGCCUCAGAUCUUACUUUGAAAUAUAGUAAUGGUGUUGCUCAUCUCAUUUCAGGAUGAAUUAUUUUUAUUUUCUAUUUUUUUCUUCCCCUUUUUAUUAAAAUUUAUGUUGGACAUUGUGGCAAACUGUGCUGGGAUUUAUACAUGCAUUUUUAUUUUUAUUUUUUGUUUCUUCGUUACAUAAAUCGUUUUGCACAAAGAGGUGCCUGCAUGUGCCUGCAUGUUCAGGAAAUGCUCCCCCCCCUCCCUUCCCUCCUGCACAGCUAAUGUAGAGCAUUAAAGUGAAGAUUUGCAUGCAGCUGCCCCCUGCUCUUCCGCUCAUUUAACUCAUCUUGAUGGGAUGGCUUGCAGAACUCGCAAAAAAGGGCUUUGUUUUGAAAGACUGGACUAUAACUCUGCCCUGUAAUUUCAGGUGAAGUUAUGGAUUACUCAAGCAAGAUUACGGGUCCUUACCCAGAGACUCGGCAAGUAAUUUCUGGCAUUGGGAUCAGUGCACCUCAGUAUUCCCAAGCACGAAUAGUACCAUCCAUAGGAUCCCCUUAUGGCAUUGGAAGUGUUUUGAGAUCAUCUAAUGGAGUUGUUUAUUCAUCUGUUGCGACUCCAGUGCCAUCCACAUUUGCUAUCACCACACAACCUGGUUCUAUUUUCAGUACUUCCGUUAGAGACCUAUCUUCUCUUCAGACAGUUGACACAAUGCCCUCAUUAUCAAACUUACAACAUAGCCAGGCACUUCCAAGAUCAUAUGAUUUCUUGACAACUGUAGCCUCUGAGAAAGAGGGUGCAAUUACUGACAUCGACAUUGACCCAGGGUUGCAACCUCUUCCCAUGGAAGCCAUUACUAGUGAGCCAACCAACUUGAUGCCUGUUUUCACUACAGCUUCAGAAGCUUUUGUAGAUAUAAUUGAGGAUGAAGCUACACACCUCAUUGCCCCCGAAGAAGGCAAACAGCAGCACCUUGACUUGGAGCGCGAACUUCUAGAGCUCGAAAAACUACAGCAGCAACGUUUUGCAGAGGAGCUUGAGUGGGAGCGUCAAGAAAUUCAGCGGUUCAGAGAACAAGAGCAAUUCAUGGUUCAGAAGAAGCUUGAGGAGUUGCAUUCUAUGAAGCACCACCUCUUAUAUCAGCAAGAAGAAGAGAGGCAGGCACAGUUCAUGAUGAGGCAGGAAACAUUAGCGCAGCAGCAACUGCACAUUGAACAAAUCCAGCACCUGCAGCAGCAGCUCCACCAGCACUUGGAAGAGCAGAAGAUCCAGCAGAUCUAUCAGUACAAUUACGAACCAUCUGGAACUGUGUCUCCACAGACGACCACAGACCAAGUCAUCCUUGAAGGCCAGUACGCUGCUGCCCCCAAUGGGCAGUUUUGGGCUGGUGAUGAAGCCACUACCACUGCUUCUGCUGUGCUGGGAAUCGAAAUUCCACAAAGCCAGGCCUGGUACACAGUUCAGUCAGAUGGUGUAACUCAGUACAUUCCCAGGCCUGGCCUGCUAAGCUCUGUCUCAGAGAUGUCUCUUAAAGACGUGGAUGUGAGAGAGGAAAAGCAGCUGAAAAAGAGGAGCUCCAUGCCAAAGCUGCGUGGCCCAUACGAGGAACUUGACGGAGCUCUGGAAGAAGAGCCUAGGUGUCUUAAAAAGAUAGUGGAGAGCGGAGUUCAAACCGACGAUGAGGAUGGUGCGGACAUGGGCUAUGCAGACAGGAGGAGGAGAACAAAAAAGAGUGUGGAUACAAGUGUUCAGACAGACGAUGAGGACCAAGAUGAAUGGGAUCCGACCAACAGGUCAAGGAGGAAAGCCCGUGUGGGGAAAUACGAAGGUACCACUGAGGCAGACAAGCCUAAGCCGUUUCCCCAAGUCGCCAGUAUUGCAGUGCAAACGGUGGCAGAGAUAUCCGUACAAACAGAGCCAGUAGGGACAAUACGGACCCCUUCAGCAAGGGCCCAUCUAGAUGCAAAGAUAGAAAUCGUAAAACACAUUUCAGCUCCAGAAAAGACAUACAAAGGAGGAAGUUUGGGGUGUCAGACAGAAACGGAUUCAGACACCCAAAGCCCCCAAUACCUCACAGCUACCUCCCCUCAGAAAGAUAAAAAGCGCCCAACACCACUAGAAAUAGGUUACUCUUCACACCUCCGGCCAGAACCCACCCUUCAGGUAGCCCCUUCCCCUCCCAAAUCUCCCAAAGUACUUUAUUCUCCCAUUUCGCCUGUAUCUCCGGCUGCAGUUAUAGAGUCGGCCUUUGUACCCUAUGAGAAGCCUGUCGCUGAAGACCUUAGUCCUCAGAAGAUUCUGCAUUCCGAGGUCCCCAAGAUUCCGCAGCUGAGCCCCAAGUCCGCCAAGGUGAUGCAGCGCUCUUUGUCUGACCCCAAACCGCUGAGCCCAACAGCCGAAGACCCUUCCAGAGCACAUUUCCCGUACACGGAUGGUUUCUUGGUAAGACCCCUUCUUUCUUCAAAGUACAAGUUCAUUUUGAGUGACAGCCUAUGUAUUAUAAUAAGCACUGCUUCAUUAACUUGAUCUAUGUAUGUGAAUGGUAAUUGGGCAAUGCUGGCAAUGAAGCUCUGGUACUUUUGAAACCUGAUAGGAGGUGUUUAUUUUAUUCUUAAUUAGACAUGGAACUGCAAGGAAGGUGGAACAUGGUGCUGCUUCAAAAUAAAAUGGGGAAUACUUAAAUGAGAGUUAAUCCCAAUGUUUAUAGGAAUCAAUGUUGAAAGGGAAUUUACUAGUUUCCUCCAUAUUUAAAUUGUUUUCAUAUAUUUCCUUUCAGAAAUCUAGUAGCUUGGAAUGCACAUACAUCCAUGACUUCCAUCAAGAAAGUGUGGUUAUUUGCUAAGAAAUUGGAAUCAUAGAAUUGUAGUUGGAAGGUACCCCAAGGGUCAUCUAGUCCAGGAAUCUCAGCUAAAGCAUCCAUGGCAGAUGGCCAUCCAACCUCUGAUUAAAAACCUCCAAGGAAGGAGAGUCCACCACUGACCAAGGGAGUCCAUUUCACUGUAGAAUAGUUCUUACUGUCAGAAAGUUCUUCCUGGUGUUGAGUCGGAAUCUCCUUUCUUGAAAUUUGAAGCCAUUAGUUCAGGUCCUAGCCUCUGGAGCAGCAGAAAACAAGCUUGCUCCAUCUUCCAUGUGACAGCCCUUGAGAUAUGAAGAUGGCUAUCGUAUCUCCUAUUCUCCAGGCUAAACAUACCCAGCUCCUUCAGCUGUUCCUCAUAAGGCUUUCCAGACCCUUGAUCAUCUUGGUUGCCCUCCUCUGCACACGUUCCAGCUUGUCAACAUCCUUCUUAAAUUGUGGUGCCCAGAAUUGAACACAGUAUUCCAAGUGUGGUCUGACCAAGGCACAAUAGAUGGGUACUAUUAUUUCCCUUGAUCUGGACACCAUACUUCUGUUGAUGCAGCCUAGAAUAGCUUUAGCUUUUUUGCUGCUGUAUCGCACAGUGAGUUUUCACAAGUGCCAAAAUGACGUUACUGUUGCCCAGUAGCAGCUGGUGUGGCAAGAAACCCACAAGCCCACCUUCCCAACAUAGGCGUCGCCACAACUUACCUGAACAGCACUGGGGCAGGCCAGAGCAGAGUGGCCGUAAGCUUGGGAUUGCAUGGACAUACUGGUAGAAACAGUCUGACUCUUCCAGCUGUGCAUAGACCCAGCCUCACUGCUGCCCCGCCCUAGUACCCUCCAGGUAAACUGUGCAGACACACCAACAGGAGAGCUGGAUUAGCUCCGCUGGUUCAUCUGCACUGCCCCGACCUCAUUGCCAUCCUGUUCUGCCUCAGCCCAGUUCAGGUAAGCUGUAGCAGACGGGUUCCACAGCACUGCCCAGGGACAGCAGCUGCUAUUGCCGUUGUCCCUUACCUUAUUUCAAAGGAGACCUAAUUCCCUAGCAUGGUCGCCAUGUGUUGUCUGAACAUUGUAGGAUCCCACAAAAUGCCUAACAUUCUUCCUUCCAUAACUGUAUAUUCCAUAGUAAAAACAAAACAUUUUUCCUGAUUUCAGGAUCUGUCAGUUCGGCCAAGUAGUGUUCCUAAGUAAAUUGUGUUUCAAAUGCUUUUUGUAAAGUAGUUGUUCAUAAGUCUCCCUGUAUUGCUAUGUCUUCAGCUCUCAGAGAAAGAAGUACUUUAGAAACGUUUUUUGCUGACAGUUUAAACUGAGAUAAACUUUAGUGUUGAGAAGUAACUUAUAGAUUUGCUUCCGCCACAGGAUUUUAAACAAUGAGACUAUUUUUGAACUGGUUGCAUCAAGCAAAUCCUCCCAAGUUUAUCAAUUCCUUGCAUAAUUUUAAUCCCAAAAUACAAAAGCAGCUGUUUUAGUUUUCGGAAUCCUGCUUUCUCUUCACACUAAAGAGCUUGGGAUAUUACUAGUGGAAUGAUUGUUCCUAGUUUAAAUAUUAUUUCUACCAUUAGUCAAUAAAAACAAUCACCCUUAGGUGAACAACUUAAAGAUUUAAGUAAACAUCCUAAGCCUACUUGUGAGUCAGAGAAUAGAUUCAUAUUGUCUAGAUAUUACAUAUAUUACAGUUGUAUAAGUAAAAUUGGUUUGCCCAAGCUUGCCCAUCAUGUAAGAACAUGGGCUGAUACUGGAUUUGAACCAUAGCUGUCAACCUUUUCCCUUUUCUUGCGUGGAAUCCUAUUCGGAAUAAGGGAAUUUCCCUUAAAAAAAGGGAAACGUUGACAACUAUGAUUUGAACCCACUUUGCCAGUUCCAAAAACAUGGUACUCGCUCAUCUGGAACUAAGUGGCAUUCUGUUCUUCUAAAGCAGGCUUCCUCAACCUCAGCCCUCCAGAUGUUUUUGGUCUACAACUCCCAUGAUCCCUAGCUAGCAGGACCAGUGGUCAGGGACGAUGGGAACUGUAGUCUCAAAACAUCUGGAGGGCUGAGGUUGAGGAAGCCUGUUCUAGGAGCAGGAAUACUGGGAAAGGGAGGCUAUAUGAGGCUGUAGUCAACCUUUCCCUGAUUUUACAUGGUUUACAUAUCUUGAUAUGGCAUAGGGGUGCCAACUUGCCCUCAGGAUUGUGGGUGCCCACCACAAUGUGGACGUCACAUGCACUACGCGCAAGCUACGUGUGGCAUCACAUGUCUGCAUUGCGGCUCCUCUUCCUCCUUCUCCGUGGGGAGGGGCUUGGACUCAGAGAGAUUCUGCCUCCAUGUCUGAGGCAACCCCCCGCGCUUGGAAAAGGGUGCCUCGCUCACUGGCUGCGGAGGAUGGAGCUGAACUGCUUCUUUCUUGGAGACAGUGCUGCCUCCUGCUGGCUUUUCUCAUUGACUUUGUGGGUGCCCGGCUUCUAGAAUUAUAUUAUGGUGGGUGCCCAGGUACCCACGGCCCCUGGAGUUGGCUCUUCUUUGGAGGUCUUUAAGCAGAGGCUUGACAACCAUAUGUCAGGAGUGCUCUGAUGGUGUUUCCUGCUUGGCAGGGGGUUGGACUCGAUGGCCCUUGUGGUCUCUUCCAACUCUAUGAUUCUGUGAUUCUAUGAUUCUAUGAUCCUAUGUCAAGUCAAGCAUUCAUUUGUCACUUUGCAUGCCUUUAUGUAACCUUCAAACAUCAGUAAAUGAGUGCAAAUGUUUGGGCGUUGAUUCACCCUUGCAGGGGUGUUAACUUUAUUGAGCAAUGACUAGAAAUCAGCCAAUUCAAGUUCCAAUAAUAUAAUAAAGAUAGGAGUAUAUUGCUUCUUUGUCGUGUUUUCUGUAUUGAGUGCUUUGUAGUGAAUGUUAAAAGUGAAAAUUCUUUCUAAUUACAGCAUUUUACUUAGAACAGGGAACUAUGGGUAUAGAAUCUAUUGUGCCUUGGAUUAAGCUCCAUAUAAUUAAUAAUCUUUAUUCAGUUGGUAGCUGUGCAAAUCCUCUUCUGGGGAACCCAAGUCUCAAGGGAAGGUAUCUAGGAAAAGUGCCAAAAUCUGUUGGCACAUCUGUUCCAUUUGGAAACAGGGCAAACUUUUGCCCUUAACAUCCUCUGAGGGAAUAAUUGUUUGGGAAACGUCCAGUUUGGAAGCAUGGCAAACAUUUUAUCAGUUUGUCUCUGUUUAGAUUCAUGCCAAGUGUUCCUGCCCCACACAAACAGAUGCACUCAUAUACCCCAAAGGGAGUUUUUAACAGUCUUUGCAUGAACAAGGAGUAGCAGACCAGAGGGCAGAAAUCCUAAUGCAUCCCCUAGUUUUUAAAGGUUAGAAGCUCAAGCCAAACCAGAGUUAAGCAUUUUUAGGACUCAUCUAUUUCCAUGUAGAAGAGUUGAGCCUUUCCACUGAAAUGAAGAAAUAAACAGGAAUUUGGUGUGCUUCACUGUGGCUGGAUAUUGCCCUAUUUAGAUUUGUUUUCCUAACCAUCCUGAAAACUUUACACAGUGGCGCUGUGGGUUAAACCACAGAGCCUAGGACUUGCCGAUCAGAAGGUCGGCGGUUUGAAUCCCCGUGACGGGGUGAGCUCCCGUUGCUUGCAGUUCGAAAGCAUGUCAAAGUGCAAGUAGAUAAAUAGGUACCGCUCCGGCGGGAAGGUAAAUGGCGUUUCCGUGCGCUGCUCUGGUUCGCCAGAAGCGGCUUAGUCAUGCUGGCCACGUGACCCGGAAACUGUACGCUGGCUCCCUCGGCCAAUAAAGCAAGAUGAGUGCCGCAACCCCAGAGUCGGCCACGACCGGACCUAAUGGUCAGGGGUCCCUUUACCUUUACCUUUAAAGCCAAAGCCAUGAAUACAAACUGAACAAUAUAACAUAGGAGCCAACUCCUAGGGGCUGUCAUGUCAUCAAUUAUGUAGUGCAGGGUUUACUUGCCGCCCCCCGCCCCCCCCCCAAUAUUUUAUUCAACUUGACACCCAUGCAAUAAAACAUUUAAAUACAUCCCUUCUUGAUUAAUCCAGAACAAGGACCAAACUAAAAGCAGUGGCUGCGUAUGCACCAUACAUUUAAAAUAUGAUUCUCUCCCCCAAAGAAUCAUGGGAACCUUAGUUUGUGAAUUGUUGCUCUGUGGUGGACAGACUACAGUUCCCAGGAGUCUGUGAGGGAUGCUUUAAAUGUAAGGUGUGUACACAACUUUGAAAGCAGUUAACAUGUGCAUGAAGAAUCAGGACCUCAGCAGUUAGGGAGAGUUUUUCAAUCCUCAUUCUAUGAUCUCAGUGAAAUGCCCACUCUUCCCCUUUAGCUUCUACUAGUUCCAGGAGGCAAGCCUCCAUUGAUCCCAAUAGCAAAUGAGGAGGGGGAUUUUCACCCUGAUCAUAGCCAAGCAGGAACCUCUCCAUUUGCUGUGGUCUUGAUCCUGCUGCAUACCUCACCCUUUGCAAUGACUGUUUACAUUGGGGGGGGGGGAGGACAUGCGUUCAAUUUGUCCCUGUAUUGAAACAUUCAAGAGCCUUCACACAUGUCUGUGCCUGUUCAGAAUGCACGAGAAGUGAAAUCACUUUUUUAAUAAGAAUUUUAAAAAACUACCUCCAUCUCAAAAUAUCUUUGCAUGCAGACAGCUUUUCACAACAGGGAAGAUGUUCCAAGUUAAGCAUUCCAGAUGGGGAGAGAUGUUGCCGCAGCAUUGGAUUCAGUCAAGUGAGCUUCCAUGUGCAGUUAUGAUGUAGCGUCAUCACCUUGUUGGGGUUUUAGUCUUGUUUUAAAUGUCUCCAUUGUCUUUGCAUUUUUAACUGCUUGUUUUAUGUGUAGAUUGCCAUCAGAUGGUGGUUUAGAAGGUGGUUAAUAGUAAUAAUAAUGCAUGCCAUUAAUUUCUAAACAUUGCAACGUACCUUAGAACCUGUCCAGCACCAGUCAGGGACACUUUCCCCUGGGGGCUCAGGGGUGGUUCUGCCUCUGCUUUAGAGACUGGGCUCCCUUUCUGUAGGGCAGGACACUUGCCAGCCUCCCCUGAGGGUCCCUGGUCUUCUGCAGCUGUUGUGCUGCACUUUUCCUGAGUUCCAGCAGUAUCUGGGGGGUCCAGAUCAUUGGAGGAGGAAUCUAGCAUGGGCAGGACAUGAGGCAGAAGACCAAGAUUGAAAGAAAGGCUCUCCUUUGCCUUCCUGGUAAGAUCAGGGCAGAGGUGAAAUUGUAUGCUUGUAUGUGACUGACUGUGACCAUGAAAUUGCUCAUAUUUCCACAACCCUACAGGAGUGUAAUAACACACAGUUUACUGAAUGACCAGAAGAUACUAAUGGCCAUGAAGUUUUUAAGUGUAGCCUGCAAAUUUAUUGAAAUCUUCCCUUUAUUCCUAUUAAUUUAUUGCAGUAUUCAUAGCCUGAAAUGAACAAUAAAUUGUGAGUCAGGUGACACCAGAAGGGUCUGUUGUUCACAGUGCAUAAUAUCAUGAAAUAAAACAUUUUCUAGGAUAAGUUGGUAGACAGUUGGUAAUUUGUGCUUGUACAUGAAGAAAAAACAAUCAAGAGCAAGUCUUGAUUGUUUUGUAAAAAUUCAGUCAUUCGUUGGCAAGUUUCUACUGAAAUGUACAAUAUCUACGGUGACACAAGAUAGCUAAACAAUGAAAAACUACUGAACAAUAUUUUGAUAAGCAUGUAGUGGAUCUAGUAAAAAGAAAAAGAAAAUGAAAAAUGUUCAGGUGUAGAUUUCCAUCUGGGGAAAGGGGGCUUGUGAAAGGGUUUCACAUUCAUAGGAAUGCUUCAAAUCAAUAUUUCUCCUAAAUGGUGAACUUUUAAAUCAGCAGUAACUAACCUGUGCCCCCCUAAUUGCUGUAAAGACUGCCAGCUCCCACCAGUCCCAAGCCAACAUGACCAGGGGUCAGUGGUUACGGGAAUUGCAGUUCAGCAACAUCUGGAAGGUCAUAAGUUUUAAAAAGCAAAUGUUUGUGGCCUUCUAUUGUAAUAUUGCAUCACAUUAUUAUUAUUAUUAUUAUUACUACUACUACUACUGCUACUACUACUACUACUACUACUACUACUAUUUGAUCCAGCUUGUAUUGUCCAUCUUCCUGUGGAACUGUAGUACAUAGUGCUGCUGUUACAUUCAUGGGAGUUACAGAAUGGUAUUUUCCAGGAGGUUCCUGAUCAAAUUUAGGAGCAUAUAUUUGCAUAUGUUCCUUACUUCAUUUAUCAUGAUCCCUGGAAACUGAAUAGGUGAACUGCCUCCACUGAAAAGGAUUACACAUGUGAACCAACCCUUAGUUUUCAAAAGAAGCCUGUGUUGUCAUAUAACUUGGGAUGCCGGCUUUAUAGGAUACAUGGAUGGAAUCCACAUAGAUGGUACUGGAUAAGAUAGGGUGACCUCAAUUGCUCACUUUGUGUAAUCUGGCUAGGAGGUAGAAGACUCUGGUCAUAGCUCCUGGGGUUUGAAAGUUUCCAACUAUGGGAGGCGUUUCUUCACUAAGGUGACAUAGUUAUUUCUGGCUCUGCUGAAAUUUUUCACUAAGCUCCCCAUCUGUAGUCAGUUCCCCUUUUUAUGAAAGGAGUCCCUGUUUUACCUGCUUCUUUUAUUACUAUUUUGAAAAAAUGGAAGGUGUUAAGGGAUCCCUUAACAGAUGCAAAUCUAGAUCAACAAGAGAAGAGCAACAAGUAGGAAGUCACUGGACAGGUGGCUAAAAUCAAAUCAGUAACUCAAUUUGAAAGAUCCCCAAAUGCAUUAGGAGUUAUUCCGUAUUCCAUAUUAAAGCUUGGCUGUUACACAAAAAAGAAGCAGUUGGAUGUAUUAGCAUUUCCUAUCACAUGGCUGCUUCCUAUAAUUUGGUAGAUGCCUGACCUCAUCAACAGUUCUGUCAAAUUGGAAAAGACAAAAUAACCAACAUUCUGGCUCUGUAGCAGGACUGCAAUAUAUGUUAAGGGGUUCUAAAUGUAUGUAUUUCCAUUAAUAAUACAUGUUCAUUUGGACUGGUGAAUUCAAAGCAGUUCCAAAGGUUGGUUUUAAGUAGCACAAAAUCACCCUCCCAUUUCAGAAGAUUCUUAAAUCAUUACUGAAUCAUUAAGCAAGUAUAUUAUCCAUGCUGAUGCCAAAUAAGCAUGGAAUACUCAAAACAAUACUUUAUUGAACUAAAUACACUGUUUAAAAUAUGCAAAGCCAACUGAGUUAAUUGGGUUAGAGUUUGGUUAACCCAGAUAAGAGAGCUCAUCACCAUUUAAAUAAUGCUUCAUUUGGGAUAUUUAAACUGCUUCACAUACCUAGGAGGGAGGCACAGGCUGUUGGGCGCCACUUCCCAAAGGCUCACCAACAGGAAAGACAAAUAGACGGGAGCAUUGAGCACUUUCUCUGUGUCUGUACGUGCCAGGAGGUCAGCGCUCCAAUCCCCUGGGACACACGGACGCAGACCUCUGCAUAUCCCUCCAGCCCAGAACCAGCUCUGAGCUAUUUUAUUUAUUUUAUUGCUUUAUUUAUUAGAUUUAUCCGUUGUUGUAUCUUGCCCAGGGCAACCCAAAGUGACUUACAACCUAACAGAUGGACAGUAAACCCCACAUAGAUACAUUAAAGCCAAGAGGAAAGAGGAAUACAUUAAAGACAUCCCCACCCACUUCUAAAAGGCCAAAGACCUGGUUAUAGAGGAAAGUUUUUGCCCUGUACCUAAUGAUGGCACCAGAUGAGCCUCCCUGGGGAGAGCAUUCAAGCAGUGUUAGAAAGAAAUAUAAGCUAGGCGCCAAAUGGUUCCUUAAACCAGGGUUAGGCUCGCCAAAACAGAAUGACUAGUUACCAUUUGGGGGCCAUUUUUCACUACGACUUUUUGGUCCCUAGAUUGUGCAGAUAAAAUAAAACUGAUGGAAUUCUACAGGAUGUGGUAUUAGUGUGUGUAAACAGUCAAGAUCCAAGGAUCCCCAGGCAUGCACCUCCAGAUGGUGGAGAUGUCAUCCUGGCGCCUGGGCAUCUUCACUUGGUCAUAAACUGGCUGUUACAUAGGAGCAGUCCUGGCACAAGGUAUAUCUAGCUCAACAGUGUGUUCCUAACUGUGGCAAGGCAUAUGCCUCCAGAAAGUUCCACAGACAGACAUGAAGGCAAUACCCCUCUGUCACUCAGCUACUGGUACUCAGCCGUACAGGUUCCAUGGCUUAUAACCAUGGAUAGAUCUAUCUGCCAUGGAUUUGUCUUCUAUUAAGACUGUGAUGAACAUCAUAUCCUGUGGCUGUGAGUUCCAUACAUGAAUUUUGUGUUAGGUGAAGUACCAGAUUUUUUGCUCUAUAAGACGCACUUUUCCCCUCCUAAAAAGUAAGGGGAAAUGUGUGUGCAUCUUAUGGAGCGAAUACAGACGGGAGGCUCUGCUCAGCGCUCCCUUUAAAGAGCGCGCAGAGCUGCCCUUCUCCCUCCUUGGGGAAAAGCCCCCAAGAGCCACACACACACUCCACACGCUCUUUAAAGGGAGCACAGCUCUUGGGGGAGCCAUCCUCCCUCUGCCCAGGAAGAGGCUGCACACGGCUAUCCCAUAAGCCAGGACAGCGCAGCAAUCCUGCUUGCUGUCCUGGCUUCUGCCUUAGCCACACGCAGCCUCUUCCGGGCAGGGGGAGCCUUCAUCCCGCUGCCCGGGUGAGGCUGCGGGCAGCUAUCCUAUAAGCCAGAAUAGCAAGAGGUUAUCCCAGAAGCCAGAUCCCUCUUGCUGUUCUGGCUUCUGGGAUUCAGAAUAUUUUUUUUCUUGUUUUCCUCCUCCAAAAACUAGGUGCAUCUUAUGGUCUGGUGCAAAAAAUACAGUACUUGGUUUUAUCUGUCCUGAAUCUAAUGGAUGACCCUGAUUUCUGUUGUUAUGACACUGAGAAAAAAUGGUCUCCAUUCACUUUUUGCAAAUGGCAUCAUUUAGUAAAUUUGUGUUGUGUGUUCUUUUAAUCAUAUUUUCUAAAGUAAGAAGCCGCAAGUGCUUUAGGCUUUCCUAGUAGGGAAGGUGCUCCCUCCAGCCUUUUGAAAAGUUUCUUUGUACUUUUCUACACUUUGUCCAGCUCUGUGCUUUCCUUUUUGAGAUGGGUGGCUAGAACUGUACACAGUCCUGCUUUGCAGUCUCUUUGGGACCACAAAACAUGAGGAUAGUCAGGCAUCUAGCAGUACAUUUUGGUGGGUUGUAUUUGGCUUGGGAGAUCACAAGUUGUGCUGGCCCAUAUUUGUCCAUUUCUCUAAAAUAAUUAUCCUGUGGUUUUUUCUUAUGCCGCAGACUAAAGGAUCUUCAAGUGUAUCAGCAUCAGGAAUGCAAAAGAAGGUCAAGAGGACUCUACCCAACCCACCUCCAGAAGAUGUUGCAGUAGGGACACAAUCUGCCUUCACCACUGUGGGAUCAGUUUCACGCCGGAGGAUCUGUAGAAGCAAUACCAUGGCUAGAGCUAAAAUCCUCCAGGAUAUAGACAGAGAACUGGAUCUGGUAGAAAGAGAGUCAGCCAAGCUUCGGAAAAAGCAAGCGGAGUUAGAUGAGGAAGAGAAAGAAAUAGAUGCAAAACUUCGGUAUCUAGAGAUGGGCAUCAAUCGGCGGAAAGAGGCAUUGCUAAAAGAACGAGAAAAGAGGGAGCGUGCCUAUCUUCAAGGUGUAGCAGAGGAACGCGACUAUAUGUCUGACAGUGAGGUUAGCAGCACCAGGCCCACGAGAAUAGAAUCUCAGCAUGGCUUGGAAAGACCAAGGACUGCGCCCCAAACAGAAUUUGACCAGUUUAUCCCCCCACAAACCCAACCAGAAACGCAGUUUGCAACUCCUACGAGUCCUUAUACUCAGUAUCAGUACUCUUCACCUGCCCUUCCCACUCAAGCGCCAACUCCGUACUCCCAGCCGUCUCAUUACCAGCAGCAGCAACCUUUAUAUCAACAGCAGGUUUCUCCUUACCAGACCCAGUCAGCAUUCCAGACUGUGGCAACCAUGUCCUUCACGCCACAGGCUCAGCCUCCUCCAACCCCACAGCCUUCCUACCUUUCGUCACAGCUAAUGGUGAUCCCACAGAAAACAAGGCAGGCUUCAUUAUAUCUGGAGCCUAAGAUAACAACGAACUAUGACGUGAUUCGUAACCAGCCUCUCAUGAUAGCCCCUGCAUCUUCUGACAACACAUAUGUCGUGUCCCAUUUGGGUAGUAAAUACAGUACCUUGGACUUAAGGAUGGGGCUCGAUGAGAGGAGCAGCAUGGCCAGUAGUCCCAUCUCAAGCAUAUCUGGUGACUCCUUCUAUGCAGAUAUUGACCACCAUGCGCCACGUAAUUACGUGCUGAUUGAUGAUAUUGGAGACCUCACUAAAGGGACAUCAGCUCUGAGCUCUGCUUAUGGUCUACAUGAGAAGGAUCUGACCAAAACCGAUCGGCUGCUUCGAACUACUGAGGCGCGAAGAGUGCAAGAAGUCUCAGAUUUCCUCGCACCGCUGCAGACUUCUUCUCGGUUGCACAGCUACAUGAAAACUGAUGAAGAUCCCAUGGAAGACCCUUAUGAACUGAAGCUGCUGAAGCAUCAGAUCAAGCAGGAGUUCCGAAGGGGGGCUGAAAGCCUGGAUCACCUGGCAGGCCUUUCACAGUAUUACCAUGCAGAUACUAGCUACAGACAUUUCCCCAAAUCUGAGAAAUAUAGCAUAAGCAGGCUUACCUUAGAGAAGCAAGCUGCCAAACAGCUUCCAGCCGCCCUUCUUUACCAGAAGCAGUCAAAGCAUAAGAAGGCCUUGAUUGAUCCCAAAUUAUCUAAAUUUUCACCCAUUCAGGAAAGCAGGGACCUUGAGCUUGAUUAUUCAACCUACUUGACUUCGAGCACAUCAUCUCUUGGCGGCAUUACUUCCAGAGCAAGGCUCCUCCAAGAUGAUAUAACGUUUGGCCUUCGAAAAAAUAUCACAGACCAGCAGAAGUAUAUGGGGCCAACUCUCACACAUUCUCUUGGCACAAGCCUUGGGGCUGCACUGAGUACAACAAUGAGAUCCACACUACAUGAUGAUUCUGACAAAUCUUACAGCAGUGGCAGCAGAUCCAGACCUUCUUCCCGACCGUCAUCCGUCUAUGGGCUUGAUUUAUCGCUAAAAAGAGAUUCUUCAAGCUCAUCUUUAAGAUUGAAGGCCCAAGAGGCUGAACCACUAGACGUUUCUUUCAGUCACGCAGCCCCCUCUGGAAGAACUAAACCCACGAGUCUACCCAUAAGUCAGAGCAGGGGCCGAAUCCCAAUAGUUGCGCAGAAUUCAGAAGAAGAGAGUCCCUUAAGUCCUGUGGGUCAGCCAAUGGGAAUGGCAAGAGCAGCAGCCGGGCCAUUGCCCCCUAUAUCUGCAGACACUAGGGACCAGUUUGGAUCAAGCCAUUCAUUGCCCGAAGUCCAGCAGCAUAUGAGGGAAGAAUCACGAGCUCGAGGCUAUGACCGGGAUAUAGCCUUCAUCAUGGACGACUUCCAGCACGCCAUGUCAGACAGUGAAGGUAAACUAGACUUCAGACUGCUUUAUCGCUCCCACAACACAAAUCCUCAUUUCUAUGCAUGUGUCUGAUUUCAUAAUCUUUUGGGGACUAAUUCUUCUUCUUUUCUUUUUUUGCAUUCUUUUUCUGUGUGUGCGUAUAUAUAUAUAUAUAUGUACGUAUGUGUGUGUAUAUAGAUAGAUAUUCUUUUCAUUUGGUCGGCUGAUUUAACUCUGUGCUCAGAUUCUGGAUGGGUACAUAGAUAGACUUGCAUGUUCCAGUUGUAUUUAUUUUUUCUUUUAGUUUGCGUGUGCAUUUUUUUGCACUCCACUUUUGUUAUAUGUAUUUUGGCUGGGAUUUUCAGAAGCAAUAAUUCAGGAUUGGUUUGUCUUCUUCCAUUGUGUUUAGUGGAAUAAGCUUCUGCUAAAAUCAAGAGAGGCUGAAAAUACCACCCAAAAUAAAUAUAGUCUUCAUAAAACUGUGACCCAUCCUUUUGUUAAUGUGAAAAGAUCUGUGCAAUAAGCUUGCUGCAAAUCUUCAGCAAUCCAAAAAUUUCCAAGAGCCAUAGAGCACAGUUUACAAACAAAAUCCUUUAUGAAAGUAAUUCCCUUAUAUAUUUCAAAUCAUUGUUUUAAUCCCCGAUGGAAUCAUGGGUAGAAGCAAUAUUGUUAUGAUGGGGUAUUGUAUUUUUAGAGACUUCGUUACUGCGCCUUUAUAAUUGCAUCUUCGUAAAGUGUAUGCUGUUAUGUAUGGAUUUUUGUAAAUUAAAAGUAUGAUGAUAUGAUAUUGUUCAGAUGUCAGGGUCAAUUAGCUUCCCCAGUAAACUUUUCUCAUUAAACUUUCACAGAUAACUUCAAUGCUAUCCAUAUGUAUAAAUGACCCUAUAUAAACUAUAACCUGUACCUCAGACAUAUAAGCAUGUUUUUUAAGUGAUUCUAUUCAUGUGUGGUUAUUACAUAUGCUGUUCCAAGUAUUGGGAUGAGUCUGAGAGGAGGAGGCAGGUAGGAUGGGACAGGAAAACCUAAGUAGGGAAACCACUUCUUAAAAGAAAAUAAUAAAAGUCCCAAGUAAAUGUUCAAGUACAUGGUGGGUUGGGAAGUCUACAGGCAACUGCACAAGCCUAUCUCACACAGAUGCACACAAAGGUGUUUUUUCUAUAAAAAAAGAAAACGAAAAAGAAAUACUAAAUGUUACUUUUUAAAAAGCAAAGAAAAAUGUUAUGCUGAUGUUAAAUAUUAAACUGUAAGUUGUGUAUCAGCAUUGUUGGAAUUGAGUAAAGUUUAUAACAUGUUUUAAUACUGUUUCAGAAGCCAUUUCCAAAAGACGUUUUGAAAGUUAAUGAAUUUUACACGUUUUCUUUGUAUGUGCUCUGUUGAGUUUUUGUGCAUAUUGUCCAAUAAAAAUACACUGCAUGCCCUGUUGUGUUUGCUAAUAGCCGUGAUUACUGUGGAAGAAAUACUUGCUGCAGUUACUCCCCUCACACUUUCUUAUCUACUUCAGUACCAUUACUUCCUUCCUUCAGAUCACUCUGAAAAUAGAAUCAUAAUAGAUGUGAAUAUUUGAUAUAAAGCUUUUCCCCUCCGAAUGACCUGGAAUUUGCCCCAUCUCACCGAAGUAUAAAACAGGAGGUUGGAUCCAGAGAAAGUUAGUUGCAUUUAAAUGCCAUUGAGAUCAACAGUACCUAAGUUAGCCAUGACGUAUGCUUUUGCACCGAUUUCAAGGGUACCUAAAUUUGGUUUACACUACAGUCCAAUAUUCACUGACCUGGGAGUAAGUCCAAUUGUAUUCAGUGGAUACUUACUUUUGAGUAGAGCUUUUCGGAGCGUGUUUUAAUUUGCUCUGGAUCCGAUACAUGUUCUUCAGAUUUACAUUUUGUUUUGGUUUCUACUUUUUGUGGUUACUUAAAGCUUAUGCGUUCUUACUUUAAAAGUUGUCUAAAACUUCCAUUAAGGGAGUGGAGGGAGGCUAUGUAUCAUUUUACAUGCCCUGCUGGAACCAUGCCUAUUCAUUUUAAGAUCCAAAGUUUGUCUAAGGUCUCAGUUUGCUCCAUUGAACAUUCCACUUUUCUUUUCAUUCCUGAGUUCUUCAAGCCUUUAAAUCAUUUUUUCUUCAUAAAGGGAGUAAUAACUGCUAGCAGUCCAGAGAAAACAAAAGGAAUGAGAUAACAGACUGACUGGAGUAAAAGAGGAAUUGAAUCUAUUUUUGUAACCCCACCCCUCAAAACGAAAAAAUUACUCUAGCCACUCUCACCAAAAUAUCCUAGGUUUUCAUAUUCUGUAACUCAUAAAUACAUGCUCUCUCUCUAUAAGGUUAUAAAGAAGCAUAACACCUACAUGGCAUACACAUAACACUUUUUUUCUGAAAUGAAACAUGGCCCUUUGACCAUUCUUCUUGUUUCACAGUUGUCAAAUAUGCUAGCAUGUAGAGCCCACUGGAAUUUUAAGUCAUCUUUGCUCCAGCAAUCCUUUCCAUGAAACAACAAACAUUUGCAUCCACAUCAUUGACACCAUUGCUUGUUUUGUAUGAAAACUGCAACUCUGCUUUAUAUCUAUGGCUGGGGCUUAUGGGUUAACUCCAUAGCAGGAAGUGGAAACUGUAUCCAUGCUAUAUCAGGAGCAGCACCAGAACUCCAGGAAUCAUGAAAUGGUAAUAUCAAACUCAUUAUGUGAAAGCGUUAUUAGCAAAAAGUAGCCCAUAAAUUCUUUCAGUUCAAGUAAUGUUAUACGGAUCAUACUGUUCACUAUGAUCAAGAAGAAAAAAAAAGCUUCUUUAUAUGCAUGCAUAUACUUUAAAUUACUGUGUUGCUAUGUCUGGAGACAGCUAUAUGACAUGAACCAUAGAUUCUGAAAGUUGUUAAGAAAGGAGAUGCAAUUCCCUAAACGAACAUUUUAAGAAUGUGUCAUUGCAUUUAACCAGUGUGAUCUUCUAGUUAAAAAAUGUAUUUAAGCAGAUUAGAAUUUAUGGGUUCAUGCACAUUCACAGAAAACAAAGGCAUUUGGAAAAUACCUAAAAUGCAACAUGCAAAACUGCUGGUUGAGAAGCCUCUGCAUUCUUACUGUUGCACCUCCUAAACUUUCAGAGGCCAACUUUUGUAGAGUCAGUUCACAUAUGAGGAGAGAGUACCAGUGACUAAGGAUGUUGCAUUUGAUUUUAUCUUUACAAAAAUACAGGAGCAAUGAGUAUCAGGCAAGCACCCAAGACAGAGAUAGUGCCAGUCCUUAAAGCAGCAUCAGUUCCACAAAAAAGCAAAGAUAAGGCAUUGUUUGGUGCCUCCAAAGCUGCUACUUGCCAGCUGCUGCCACAAUUCCUCAUUUACCCCUGCAUUCUAACUUUGAAAUCAUUUCAUCAAAGUCCUCAGAUGAGGUAUGCUCCAUAGCUAGUAAGCAGCAGCCACCAAAAACCAUGGGAUAAAUUGUGCCAUCUCUUAGAAGAUCUUUGUUCUGCCUUUUUCAUAUCCUGUAACACUACUAUUUCAAAAGUAGUAAUGUUAGGGUUGUAUUGUUAGUAACGUUAGUACCGUAGUCUAGCAAGUUUGAAAAGUUCAAUCCUAGUAUUUAGGGCAUUAUAUCCUGGAGUUCAUAGAAAGGAUAAUCCCUUAUUCAAAAGUUUUAAGUUCAUCCUGGUUUAGGGGAUAUGACGACAAAUUGAAUGCUAAGUCUGUCUUCUACAGAUGCCGUCUAUGAUAAAUUCUCCAUUUUUGUUCUUAGUAAGUAUGAAACGAUGCAGUUCAAGAGAUUUCAUCUACGAAUUUGGGGUGUUUAUAGCAAUUAGUGUAAUUGUCACACAGGAGAUAUCUCUCUCUAUUUUCACACAAGAGUUCACGCCAUUUAUAUACUGCUUAAUUACAAGUGUAUCUAAUUGGUAUACAAUUAUUAACAAGUGCAAUAUAGACCAAAUCAGUUCAAAACUAAAUAUAAAAUCUGAAGUGACUUAAAAUGUCUGCUGAGAUAAGAACCUACUGCUACUAACCUGCUUUAAAGAGUCUUGCAUCUCUUCUGGCAAAUAUCCAGACUCAGAUUUUUGUGGACGUGAAGAUGGAGAGCAAUUCAGAACUGGGAAAAGUCUACCAAGAAUGAUUCUGUGCACACCCUUAUUUCUCAUGCAGCCAAACACUUGAUUGACAGAAUUAAUUUGAUUCAGUGUUGGUCACUUGUUCUGUAUUUUACAUGUUUUAUUGUAUAGUACCAUGAUAUUUUUAAUGAGUUGGUGGUUUAUAAACACUUUUAUAAAUAAAUAAAUAAAUAAAUAAAUAAAUAAAUAAUAAGGCGAGACAGUGAUGGAACUGAGAGUUCAUAAGGAGUGGUGCAAAGGGUUUUAUGAAACUACCUGCUAAGAGGAAACACCUCAGAAACAUAUUCCAAUGGAGUAUUUCAGGAACCAAACAAGCCCAGAUAAAUUGUUAUGGCAUUCUGACAUAUCUGCAAAGGGUCCGCAGUCAACAAGGCUGGGUCUUCUCUGUCACUUUCUACUAACCUGAGUUUGUCUGCUUCCACUCUUGCCUGCUACUUUUGCUUUAAAAUGCAUGGCCAAUUAUUAACUGCUAUAUGCAUGUUGACUGCGCACACCAGACUAUUGCUCUUCUCACAUCUCUGGCUCAGAACCUAUGACGUGUCCUUGGUUUUCAAAGCCUACCACCUGCGCCGGGAAGAAACGGAUUGGUUCGACAAGCCCCGGGAGUCUCGUUUGGAGAACGGACAUGGUUUUGACAGAAGACUACCAGACAAGCUAGCUCACUCGAGGCCACCAAGUCAGCAUCAAGACCAAGUAAGGAGGCUAUGUUUUUAAGCAUUGAUGUUUUUAAGAAGAUUCAUGAGUCAUAGCAUCUCUCAUAGCUUACAGUAGACAGGCCACUCAAUUUGUCAAAAUGAGGUUUAAGAAAAUUCCACCCUUACUCUAGAAUACCAGUGCUCAUUGUAAAGACAAAGGCAAAUAUUGUUAUGUGCAGCCCCAAUUCUUUGAAAAUUGAGAACUUCGGGGUGCAGUGUUUACUUGGGUACAUUUUCCUUUGUAAUGAACAAAGGACAUACAUGGGGAGAUACAGUUUAACUGCAUGGUAUGUCCCUAAGCUCAGUGCUUCGUCACCACAUUCCCUCGUCCGGUGAAAAUAGUCAUGAAACCUCACCCACACACCUUUUCGUUCAGUGCUACCUGGGAUGGAAGUAUUUUUAGGGGUACCAAUGAAGCAGCAAUGUGACCUUAGAAGCAUGUGUUAGGACAGCCUUUUCAAUACUCAUAGGGGAUAUGAGAGUUGUUUCCAGCAUCCUGUGGCACUGCAAGGGAUUAUGUUGAUAGAAUUAUGUAUCUUAGAUCAGCUGUGAUUCCACAUUGCAUCUCUUGGGGGUUCAAGAGUACACAGACUCAUUAGGGAUCCAGUCUGCUUUGCAGAUACGGACCAACUCCUGCGGGCUUUUCUCAUAUCUAAAUAACACAUUACAUAAAUGCAUCCUAUGUGUGGUUUGUAUGUCUUGCAAUAUAGGACCACUAUCCAUGACACAGGUUUAUAAUCAUGAAGCAUAUGAGAUACAUUUGCAGAUUACAUUUGGCUGGAAUGGAAAAACAAUGGCUGGGAAUUAAAAAACCAUCUGUUUUGAGGGCAGUGGUUUUUACACAUUGUCAUGACCUGUAGCUACAGCUACUGUGUAGUGGAAUGCUGUGACUCACAAUUCCAGGUAAAUUGCAUUGUGCACUUGCAGUCUGUACCCUUCAGAUGGGAGCCGAUGAAAUAAACCAGCUGGUCUAG